CCUUCAUCCAAUUAUCAUCUCUGUGUUCCACGGGUGUUCUUGAUAUAUUCAAUGGAAACCGAAACCACCUCGGAGCACGAACUCAAGUCCGAGCCCACCAACCCACCAACCAUGGAUUCGGAUACUCCAAAGUCCAGCAGUGGUCAAACCAGCGACCCCAAUAAUACCGCAGAUACCCCAACCCUUGAGCCCUCCUCAAAGCCAUCCAAAUACACAAUCAACCACAACCACAACCACAACCACAACCAAGACUCCGAAUCCGAAUCCGAAUCCCACAGCCCUCCCUCAACUUCAUCCCGACCCCAAGACGAACAAACAACACCAAUGACAAUCUCAACAAUCCUAACCAGCCUCGCCGCCACCGUCACAGCUCUGAAUGCCUACGCCCUCCCCGCACAGCUCCGCACCUCCCUCGUACACAUCGCAAAACGCCACCCGGUCCUCGCGAGCUUCGCGCUCUGCCAGGUCCUCUGCUCUGCGAUCCCCCUGGGGAUCUUUCUCGCCGGCGCGGCAAUCAGCGCCUCUAUCGCCGUGGCGGUGUUUACUUGUUUCGCGGCGCUCGUGCUGCUCCCGGUGUUGGUUGCGACCACUGUCUUGGGGGUUUGGCUUUGGGGGGUUUCCUGGGGGUUGUGGGUUCUGGGGAGGUGGGGGGUUCUUUGGGUUUGGGGGAGCCGGGCGGUUGAGGGAGCUGCCGGCUGUGUUGCGGAGGGGGCUGCGGUUGGGAGUCACGGUGAUGGGUUUAAUGGGGUUUAUACUCAUAUCGGUAAUGGAUACGGAUACACUCAUGGAUGUGGUAGUAGUAGUAGUAGUAGUAGUAGUAGGAAUACCUAUGAGCCUAAAUAUUCAGUCGAGGUCAUAGCGGAGGAGGAGGAGGAUCUGUAGGUUUGUUUCCCCGGCUUAUAGGUACUGGAAGCGAGGAAGUGAGAUGGAUGAGUCGCCUUCUUUCUUCUUUUACUAUUAUUUACUCCAUUAUGAUGGAAGGGGUGGUUUUACCUACCGGUGUCUUCUUCCCUUUGCUUUGCUUUACUCUACUCUACUCUACUCUGUUCGUGAUGGAGGUCAUCUGAAUAUAUAUAUAUAUAUAUAUCUCUCUCUCUCUCUCUAUAUGUGU